AUGAGAGAUGCCUCAAGUCUCUGGGUCAAAACCCGAGAAGGACUUCCAGAAAAUGUCAAAAACUGGCUGGAGGGCAUUGAAGACGAUGCACAAUCCGGCUUAACAGCAACACAACAGAUCGACUGGCUCAUCAGCCGAACGGAACAAAAAAAGACAGAACUCGAGAACGCACGUCGUCCUUACCUCUUGGAGAUCAAGGGUCACAGAUGGGACUUGCGGAAGUACUUUGAGCGCAUGGUUCACUGGCUCAACAAGUUCAAGGAUAUCGGCGAUGUGGCGUCAUCAUUCGAUCCUGUCCAUGCAGCUCUCCCAUGGGCGGCUUUUCGCUUCGUCCUGCAGGUGAUUCACCCGUCAAUCAACAACAUCUUAUUCAGACAGAGUCUAAGUUCUUCAACAGGCUAUUGUGGCUGA